AUGGAUGCACGUCAACACCAACGCGUACUCCCGUCAAAUGCCCCAACUUUUCACGAAUUGACGACGGAGCAAAUUCACGCCCAACUACCAGAUUUGAUAUGUGGAGAAUACAAUGAAGGUCGUGACUGUAGGGUGUGUAAAAGUCGUGACCACAUUUGUUCACUCUGUCACAAGUCCGAUCAUGGCGCAUUUGAAUGUCCAAAUUUCCUCAAUUCAACAGAGCCGCGAGGCGAAGCGACGACACAGGUCGAGGGCAAUCAUUGCGAGAUUAGCUAUCCUCACUAUAGAUUUGGGCCCGUGCCGAUGUUUGAUCAUCCACCUCUCCACAGCGCUCAAGCGGCAAUCAAAAGGGAGCAAACUAAGCGAACUACCCUCCCCGGGGUAGGAGCUGGAGCGAAGCUCGAUCGACUUGCCAUUGAGCGAUUCUCAUUCGAGCGGACCGAGUUCAGGUCAUCUAAGUAUGUAACGUACAGAGAGAAGCAAAAGAAUAACAAAAAAAAAGACAAUUGUGGUAUAUGGAACGAUAGGGUAGAGUAUGCAUUCCAGAAAGGUAAGACUUGGAGGAACAGAUUCCGAGUCUGUGUUAAUCAGUAUUUUCUAGCACUUCGCCUUUAUGGUGGCAGAGGCCGCGCAAAAAACUCCGUUUUCUUGACGGGUUCUAAUGAGAACAAGCUCAGCGGAGGCAACGAGUGGAUUGCAGAAUGUAUCUUUGUCCAGACAGGCGUGAAGGUUAAAAGAAAGCAGGUUUCGAGCCACAUACAGGUUCUAAAAGGCAAAAUGUCGCAUAAUCCAGAAUGGCUCGAGCUUGUCAAGCACAUACCGCCCGAAAAGAGAGGGAAAAAGAGGGAUAUAUGUGGCCUAAGUCAUGUGCAAGAACGAUCCUUCUCGGAAGACGACUUUGUCGAACUGUCCUCACCUCUCGAUAAAGAGUGGCCAUCAAUUGACGAGUUUACCUUGGAUUGCCCGCAGAGUUUCACAAUUCACUCUGCUCGCUUUGGUAUGUAUCUUAUGGAUAAAUCUGGUAGCUGCGCGGAGGAAGCGUCAGACGACGGCUCACAAUUUCCGACACGACGUUCACUGCAUCACACCUACACAGUGCUUCAAAGGGAGAUGGGCCCCGCGCCGAGAAGCUCGGAUAAUCUGGCAGGGUGGAAAUCGGCUUUCCCUGCACUCGAAACAUACGACAGUUACGGAAAUGCUUUGCCAAUAUUUCUAUUUGAGGCUGGCCUUAACCUUAAAGACGAAUACAUCCCUGGCUCAUUAGUCGAGAUCCGUCUCUCUUUGGACAUUGAAGGCGGCUCUCAAUUUCGAGACUGGCAUACUCGGACUCAAUAUAUUAGCCCAUAUGGUUGUUCUGAUAGGCGUAUUGACGACACAGGAGGUGUCACCGAGACUGGUGGCAUCCUCCGGCUUCACUGCUUGAAAAUGUACGCUCUCUAUUGGGUCGAAGUUCUCUCGCUUCUCAUGAUGCAAAGGCGGCGAUUGACACAAGCUGGUCACACGGAGGAUGAGAGACACGCUGAAGACUAUUCAUCAAGAUUUCUUCGGAGUAUGCUAUGCAUGCAACAGCUUUGGGCCACACCAAAGGCUGGGAAUGACCAGCCGAAGUAUGUGAGUACUGUCCUAUGGAGAUUCCAUCAAGUGGGGAGGACGGAAAGGGGUAUCACAAAGUGGUGCCAACUCUUUGCCCCAAGAUCUGCCCUCCAAGAUGAGUCGUCGUCUUUCACCAGUACGCAAGAACCUCUGGCAUCACAAAUACCCUUGCCAAUGGCGGCCAUCGAUCAACAACUCAAGUCCCAGCAAUACGACUAUGGCUUGGAGGAGUACGCAUUCGAUUACUUGCCGCUAAAGCAAGAAAACACCGAGCUUCUGCCUCCGCCACCGGAGUUGUCUCGAGGAAAUUCUCCUGAUUCAGCAUCUCAAGCCGAUUUUUAUUCCUCAUUGCCUAAUCACACCUCACAUCCUUACCCGUGUUCCACAGGAUCCCCGUCCCAGCCGCAGCUUACCAGACAGGAAUCUUUUCAUCUACAGCACUCUGCCGGUUUGCAUCAUUCAUUUGAUACCGUGUCAUCUCAAACCAGUGCAUGGAGUUUUGACUCUCAAGAAGACGAUUUCUUAUUGCACGCAACGGCGCUCACACAGGCGGACGAUCAAGCAUUUGAUGCCAACCACCCCAGCUACCAUAUACAAAGGCAACACCAGCAGAUGCAUGAGGGGUUUUCUGGCUAUUCUAGCUUAGAAAAUCCCAGUCCAAGCCGAUAUGUUGGCACCCAGCAAGAUUUUAAUGGUGGAGAAGUUCGACUCUCGUUCGAGGAACUACCACACGAAUUAGCCUACCAAGGCGAUUCAGGCGCCUUUACACUCCCUGGCGCUGAUCACAAAACGCCAAGCGCUAUGGAGCAUAUUGAUACUAUUCCUAUCAUUCAACCUGAACUCCCACGACCUGACCCCCAGACCAUGAUCAGAGAGCGGCUCUAUAUACUCCAAAGUCAGCAUUUUGAGGACUUGCAAGAGGGUCGUAUAACUGAGCUGUCGAAUUACGACAGUUUCAAUGAGCUGCAAGAUGAUCAUAUAAACGAGCUUCGCGAGCACGAAGAGGAAGCCGAGCAAGGUCAUUCAAGACAGUUCACAGCCGACGGCUUAGAGACUCAAAAAUACGCAUCUUCACCAGUGUACAAUUCACUUCCUCGAAUAGAUGAUCACCCAUUACUUCCCGUCAUCAAUCAGUCACCCCUGCCUCUCAUGACACCCAAUGAUGACUUCGACCAACAGUCGGUCACUGAUGAAGGCGAGGCGCACGUAAAAUUAGAGGAGAUUUCAGCUAACGGACAAGAUGCGUAUUGCACUUCGCCACUCCCAAAGCUGGCCCAACAAGAGAUACCUAUUCACAAUAUGCCAUCCGACCUCCAGCAAAACGACUCUCAAAUGAAAGAUGCGCAGGUCAUGAAGUUUCCAUCUUUAGGAUACGAAGCACCAGAUGUCUCCCACUCCAUUGGUCAAGAAGCAACCGAAUAUGCUUCUCUUUACAUAGACGUUAGUUGUGGGCAGAGUCCCCUUGUGGAUGACAUUGAUAUACAGGGUUGGGAACAUGUUGAGGAGUUCAUGAAGGAGAAGGAUGGUAGCGAGAGUGGGAUUCAGGGGUGA